UAAUUACCAGUACAAACCGAAGCUGGGAAGUGAGGAUCCGGCGUUGUUUGGUUUAUAAAUACUGCAGAGUGAGGAGAGCUUCCUCACUGCGGCUUUUGGGUUGGUUGGUUUGGGUUUGUGUUUUUGCACUGUUGGCACCAUACAAAUGGCUGCUUCCUCUUCAAAAGCUCUGCUUCUUCUUGUUUUUCUGCUUUGUUCCCCGCAACUUUUCUGCAAUGCUUACCCUGCCAAACACAGCCACCACCGCCACCCUCGAUUUACCUCUCAUAACUAUAGGGAUGCCCUCACAAAAUCCAUUAUGUUUUUUGAGGGCCAGAGAUCAGGAAAACUCCCUUCUAACCAGAGAAUCACUUGGAGGAAAGACUCUGGUCUUUCUGAUGGCUCUGCCAUGAAUGUUGAUUUGGUUGGAGGGUACUACGAUGCAGGGGACAAUGUGAAGUUUGGGUUCCCAAUGGCUUUCACCACCACUAUGCUUUCAUGGAGUGUGAUUGAGUUUGGUGGGCUUAUGAAAGGAGAGUUGCAGAAUGCGAGGGAAGCCAUUCGCUGGGCUACUGACUAUCUCCUCAAAGCCACUGUUCAUCCAGACACCAUUUAUGUUCAGGUGGGAGAUGCGAAGAAGGAUCAUGCUUGCUGGGAGAGGCCUGAAGAUAUGGACACUCCAAGAAGCGUGUUUAAGAUAGACAAAAAUACUCCAGGGACUGAGGUUGCCGCUGAAACCGCCGCAGCUCUUGCAGCUGCUUCCUUAGUCUUCAGAAAAUGUGACCCUAAUUACUCCAAGAUCUUGGCCAGAAGGGCCACCAGGGUGUUUGAGUUUGCUGAUAAGUACAGAGGUGCAUACAGUGUUGGCCUCAAACCAUACGUCUGCCCCUACUAUUGUGAUUUUUCCGGGUACCAGGAUGAUCUCUUGUGGGCUGCUGCUUGGUUACAUAAAGCCACCAAGAGUCCAACUUACCUCAGCUACAUUCAAGCCAAUGGCCUGACCCUUGGAGCUGAUGAAUCUGACUAUACAUUUGGAUGGGACAACAAGCAUGUUGGUGCCCGAAUUCUUCUCUCCAAGGCAUUUCUUCUCCAGAAUGUUCAGCCCCUCCAUGAUUACAAAAGUCAUGCAGAUAGCUACAUUUGUUCUCUAAUUCCAGGAACCCCCUUUUCCACUGCUCAGUUCACGCCAGGUGGACUUUUGUUCAAGAUGAACGAUAGUAACAUGCAGUAUGUAACAUCGACCGCUUUCCUGCUCGUGACCUAUGCAAAAUACUUGACCUCUUCCGAGAAGAUUGUGAAUUGUGGCGGCCACAUUAUCACCCCGAAGAAGCUGAGAACAUUUGCCCAGAAACAGGUGGAUUAUUUACUUGGUGACAAUCCUUUGAAGAUGUCAUUCAUGGUUGGGUAUGGUCCGAGGUACCCCUUGAGGAUCCACCACAGGGGAUCGUCUCUGCCGUCCGUGGCUGCACAUCCUUCCAAGAUUCAGUGUUCCUCCGGCUUCAGCAUCAUGGAUUCUCAAUCCCCCAACCCGAACAUCUUGACGGGAGCUGUAGUUGGUGGACCGGAUCAAAACGAUCGGUUCCCGGACCAACGAUCAGAUUACGAGCAAUCAGAACCAGCCACUUACAUCAAUGCGCCCCUUGUUGGAGCUUUGGCUUAUCUCGCACACUCAUUUGGCCAACUCUAAGGAAUGUGACAUUAGUAUCUAUCUAUGUUUCUUUAAGAGAGCCAAACGUAUACGUAUUAGUGGUGUUUUUGGCUCUUUUUUUAUAUAUAUUAAAAAAAAAAAACUAUUUCGUGCGUCCAUGAAUGUAGCAUUAGUUGAGAAGUGGUGUGUGUUGGGUGCAAUGGCCGAGACUCGACAGAUCUCGAGCUUUGUGGCGUUGAGUUGUACACUAUUUCAGUAACAAGUUUGAUGAUUGAAAUGCGACUUUCGCGUGCCCGAAACGGCGCAUAAUUACCUUUUA